AUGUGCACCUGCCACAGCAUUCUGCGCAAGCCAAGGAGUCGCCAGAUACAGAGCCUCGAGGCGAUUGCUUCAGAAAUUACACAUGGCUCACAGAAGCUUGUCGAGGUCAACAAGCAGGUGAAGGAGGCAGAAAAGAGCACGGCAGUCUGGAAAAGGGCCGUAGAGGAAACCGAAGGGCUGCUUAGGGAGAAGCACGAAGCUGUAGAGCUUCUGCAACUCAGGAAAGAGGAGUUGCACGCCAUGCAGCACAUGGAAGAAGAACGACUUGCGGGGCUAGAAAAGCAGAUAAAGGACGUUAGAGAGCAAAUCAAAGAGGCUGAAGAGAUGGCGAAAACUGUUGGCGAGGAGCUCCAACAUAUGGACCCUGUGUCAGAUGAGGAUCUUGAGGUCAUCGAGCUCGAGGCGAAGUUAGAGGCCGACUUAGAUGCAUUCAAGAAAGAUCUCGAGGCGCGCUACCAAGCUACAGUUGAGACAAUUCGAGUCGAAUGUAAAGCUCGUUAUCAUUCGUUCCUUUCUCGCUCGAUCGAGGUAACUGCCAGUUAA